GUAGGGCGGCGUAAUCUCGGGCCUGCAUGACCUCUGCUUGCGUCGCACUGGCUCCUUUGCCAAAACCCGUUGUGCCAAGUGGACUGAUAACUUUACUCCGCAGCAGCAGCGCUCGCAGCAGGGGCAAAGGGCCUCGAGCCUGAGACCAAGAGGUUCGAUUCCUAAAACCGCGGUUCACGACCGCCACUCCCGCCUCGGCCUCGCAACAUCGACAACACCACAACGCUGCAACACCACACGGAGCGGCGGCCGCGGCAGCAGCAGCGGCAGCGGCAGGUCGCCGCGGGCAGCGCGAAAGGAUGUUGCGCUGUCGAGUCGCGAACCUGUGUGCUUGCCUCGACCACCAGCCCUGCACGUGUCGCUCGGAAAUCGCCUCGUGGCGGUGCUGCUGCAUCGCGGCGUGGGUCCUCUCUCGUAGCGGCAGCGCUGCCUGACACAGAAGCGAUGCGGCUCGCCUCGACCGCAACGCGGCCGCGGCAGCAGCAACGGCAGCAGCAGCAGAUUAUAACAGAGGUCGCUGCUGCGGCUGCUGGCGGGUGGGAUGCUGCCUCCCAGUCCUGGGCAGCAGGCAGGGCGGUGCGACCACGCAGUGGCCGCAGCGCACACAUGCCGCGGCCGCUGGCGGUUGGGCUUCUGCUGGGGCUGCUGCUGGCGGACGCAAGCGCAACCUUGGCGGCAGCAGCUGUUCGAGCUAAGCUUCCCAGCAGGAAAGUUGGGAGCGCAGCGCAAGGCCGGGUGGCAUCGGCUGGCGUGGCGGCGUCGGGAGCGACGAGAGAAACAGAUGGGCGGCCGCUGGGUGGCGGCGGCGGAAGGCAGCUGCGGCAGCAGGAAACAGCCUUUUCAGUGGGGAACCCAGUGCAGCAGGCAGGCAUGGCGGGCGUCAACGGCACCACUGGCGGGGGGCUUGUGGGCGUGGCGACCACGGCCUACGAGUUCCUGCUGCUGCUGUACAACCCGGACGUGACCGACCUCCGCCUACUCACCGACAUCCGGCUCAGCCCCGCCGACGUGCUGGCGGCGCAGCAGGCGGCGGCGCAGGGCAUGUACAUCGCAUCAGGCCAGAGUGCCGGCGGCGGAGCCGCUACCAGUAUGGCCCCGUCGCCGCCGGCGCGUGCGCCGCCGCCUGCUGACGUCAGCACGGUGGUGCCGGUGCCGGUGCUGACGCGGAACCUGACGGUGUUGGGCGGCGCCCGCGCGUUCGACGGCCUGAGUGCCCUUGAUGACACCCUGGCCGUCGGCGGCGGCGGCAUCAUUGGCAGCGAUGGCCAAAUAGUGAGCGUCGGCAGCAGCGGCAACAGCAACGGUGGUGGUGAAGGCGGCGGCGCCGCUCCCGCCGCGGUGCUUGCGACGCGCGGCGGAAGCCACUCGGUAUUUGACACGGCGUUCGCUAGUUCGGCGGCGGUGCGGCUGCGGGCGAACGUGGUGCUCACCUUCCGCAACGUGGAGAUAUACAAGGCCGUAAACGGUGUCGGACAGGUCCUGAACUUUGUCAGCAAGUCUCCUGGCGGUGCCAUCGUACUGCGGGAGUGUGUGCAGCACCGGCCGGUGUGUUUGCCAUUUGCCCAGGCGGUGGCGCAGCUGCUGUCGCUUCCGCCACCUCCCAGGAACGCGGUGCCAGAGCCUCCAGCCGCACGCGAUAUCGCGCUGCGCAACGACAGCGCCUACUGCUGGACCAAUGCCAGCAUCCCCACGGCGCCUACCUGCCGGCAGCCCUCCAUUGACAUGAACGCGUUCGCGGUGCAGGUGCAGGAGGCUCCCGGCAUCCUGAACGAUGACGGCGGCUAUGCAGUCUACUACAGCAACUCUCACGUGGUGUGUGACUAUGCCAUCGCCGCCAGCUGCAUCCCGCGACUGGGCGCCGACAGUUGCCUGGCACAGGAGCUGGCGUUGAGGUUUGGGACCGGAGGCGAUGCCGUGCCCCCGUCGCCGCCCGCCCCGUCGCCGCCAGCUGCACCGCUAUCGCCAUCAGGAGGAGGCGGUUCCGUGGGCCUGGUGCUGGGGCUAGCGGUUGGUCUGGGAGGCGGGAUUUUGGCUUUGUUGGCGGCGGCAAUUGGGUUCUGGUGCAUGAAACGGCGCCGCCGCCGCCGGCCCUACCACAGCCCUCGCACCGGGGGAGGCCAGCGCAAGGGCGACCCGGCUACUGGUGCGCCGGGCCCGGGCGCGGGGCCGAGCGAUGAUGACAGCAGCGGUCUUGAAGAAGUGGGCGGGGGCGGUGACAGCGCAACGGCGGGAGGAGGCCGCGGCGGCAGCGCCGGGGGCCGCCUGCCGCGGUCUCCUGCCCGCUCUGCCGACCUGAGGCGCCCCGAGGCCGCGCUCACCGACGCACGUGCCUUGGCACCCAGCGCGGCCACUGACGUGGAGAUGGCGCUUGCGCCCAGCAGUGGCGGCGGCGGCGGUGGCGGGCGGGUGAAAUCGGACGCGGCUACGGCAGCGGCCAUGGCAGCGGUCGCCGCAGCGGCGGCGGCGGCCACGGUGUCGCGGACUGCUGCGAGGAAGAAGGGCAAGGGUAGCGGCACAAGCAGCAGCCGUGGCAGCGCUGGUGGCGGUACCAGCAGCCGGGAGAGCGGCGUGGGCGGGAUCGGGGGAAGGAGCAAUGAAAGCGACACGUACCCAGCCGUGGCGGAAGGCAGCGCCGGCGGCACGGCGCGCAACCCGCGGACCAGCGUGUCCCAGGAGGGUGCCAGCACCCACACCACCAAUGCCACCACCCAGACCACCACGCUCAGCGCUGGCGGCGUCGUUGCUGUCCCGCGUUCCUCUGUUGACUCCAGCGGCGCCCGCCGGCGUGCCAGCGUCUCUGUCGCCGGCUCGUACCGUGUCGGCGGCACGGGCACGGGCAUGGGCACAGGCACAGGGUCGGAGGCUGCCUACGAGAGCGAGGAGGUGGAGCAUGAGGAGGAGGCCGAAGGCGAGGCGGAGGUCGAGCGCGAGAGCCUGGCUGGGCAUCAGGACGAGGGCGAGGACGAGGAUGAGCUGGAGCUGGAGGGCGAGGGGGACGACGUGGUCACGGAGAUUGAGGGCGGCGAGGGCGGGUGGGAAGGCGGCAGCCGGCCCUCAACGGCUAUGGCCACUCGCUCCUACUCGACCGCGACUGCCGGCGGCGCUGCGGUGGCGCCGGGCCGGCCGGCCACACGGCGUGUGGUGUCCAUGCCCCCGCCACCGCGGCGGCAGCUGACGCCCGCCACCUCAGCGACAGGCCCUGUCUCGUCCGGGCGCCUGGGCACUGUGGGCUCCGCACCCCAAGCAGGUGGUGCCGAUGGCGCUGCCGGCAUGGGCUCUGGCGCAGAGGCGCUGGCGCGGCAGCAGCAGCGGACGCUGGCGACCCUGGCGCCGUCGAUUGCUCCCUCGGACCCGGACAACAUCGAAUCCAUCCGGCGCUCCAUCAUGGCUAUGGCGGGAGGCGGGGGAGGGGGAGGGGGAGGAGGCGGCGAGGUGGGAGCUGGUGGCGGCCACGAGGCGCCACUCAACGUGCAGGUCUUACACCUGAUCGGGGAGGGAAGCUUUGGCAAGGUCUACAAAGGGCUGUGGCACGGCACGGUGGUGGCUCUGAAGACGCUGGUGCUGUCGGGCGGCCUCACGCAAGACCAGCGGCGGCGGCAGAUGGCGGUGAUGGAGGCAGCUAUAUCGAGCGCCAUGAGCCACCCCCACAUUGUUCAAACCUACACGUACAGCUUCCACCCCAUCCGCGACACGGCCGCGACUGCGACGGCUGUGCGACCCAGCGGCCGGCACUCGGGCCAGCCCUCGUCCGGCGAUGACAGCACCCGCGGCCGGGGCGCCGGCGGCCGGGCGGAGAUCACAGCCGGCAACGGCGGCGGCGCGGCGGCGGCGGCGGCGGCGGCGGCCAGCGCCGCACUGGGCCCAGUGUAUGGCCACGAGUUGCAGCUGGUGCUCGAGUACUGCGACCGCGGCUCCCUGCGUCAGGCGCUGGACGCGGGUCUAUUCCACCGCGGCGCCCUCGCGCCCGCCAGCAGGUCCAGCGGCGCAGGCCCAGGCGGCGGCGGCGGCGGCGGUAGGGGCAGCCCCGCCGGCGGCGGCCGCCGCGUGCUGGGGGCCUUGGGGAUGCCGCCGCCUCCCGGCCCCAUGGCGUACGGCUCUCCGCCGGGCGGUACGGCUGCGGCGGCUGCUAUGGCCGCGGCCAGAUCCGCAGCGACCGCCGCCGCCGCGGUGGCGGCGGCGGCGCCUGUAAGCACGCAGGUGGGGAGGGCGAGCCCGCGUGCCGGGCGUUCGCCGCUUGGUGGCGGCGGAGGCGGCGGGAGCAGCAGCGGUGGCAGCCGCAGCCGCAGCGCAGGCGCUGGCGGUGGCGGCUCCAGCUGUCUCGCGCCGGUAGGCGAGUUCAGCACACUUACGCUGCCGCCUCCGCUGCCCGUGCUGCCGCCGGGCACUGCCACUGCCGCGGCUGCGGAAGCGACGUAUGUUGCUGGCAGUGGCGGCACCGGAAGCGGGGGCUAUGGCGGUGGCGGGCAGGAGGAGAGCCGCGGCGCCUACAAUUACGGCCUGAUGCUGCAGGUGGCCUGCGAUGUGGCCUGUGCGCUACUGCACCUGCACAGCCGAGGGGUGGUGCACGGCGAUGUCAAGGCCUCCAAUGUGCUGCUAAAGUCCGCUGCAGUGGAGGACCGCCGGAGCCUACCCCCGCCGGCUCACUGGGAGCCGCUGCAGCACCCGCAGCACUGGGCCGCACCCCACGCAGCUGCGACCCCCGCCGCCGACUACGCAGCCGAAGCGCUGGCGGCUGCGGUGGGGCUGAUCCCAGUCCCUGCGGCCGGGGGAAGGGCUGGCGGUGUGGCUGCCGGCAGCGGCAGCGGCAGUGGCAGUGCCGCCGCCGCAGCAGCCGGGCCCUGCUUCUCGCCACCGCGCCCGUACGCAAGGGCCUCUCCCACGAUGCCGCUGCUGCUGCCAGUGCCGAUGCCGGUGCCUCCCCCGGCUGCCGCGCCGGUGAUGGGCCUCACCGCCAAGCUGGCAGACUUUGGUCUGUCCACUGUGAUGGGCCUGGACGGCGACCCCGACCAGACCCACAUCUCGGCACUGACGGCGCAGGGCAGCCUGACCCACAUGGCCCCAGAGCUGAUGCUGCACGGCCACAUCAGCCGGCGCGUGGACGUGUACGCGCUGGGCAUCCUGCUGUUCGAGCUGUUCAGUGGGGAGCGGGCGCACCGCGGAGUGCCGCGCGCGCUGCUGCCACACCAGGUGGCAAUGGCGGGCCUGCGGCCCAGCCUGCCCGCCCACACGCCGCCCGACUACCGAGCCCUGUGCGAGGCGUGCUGGGCAGCCGACCCGCAGAGCAGGCCCACCGCGGAAGUUGUGUGGACGGAGCUGAACCGCAUGCGUCAGGCGCACGAGCAGGCGGUGGCGGCCGCACACGAGCAGCAGCAGCGGUACCUGGCCUUGGUGCGUGUACAGCAGCAGUACCUACGACAGCAGCAGAACCAGCAGAUUGCACUGAUGACGCAACAACAACAACAACAACAGCAGCAGCAGCAGCAGGCCCUGUACAGCGGCAGCGGCGGCGGGGCGGCUCCUGGCCCGCCCUUUGCGCCAUACCCGGCCCCAGCCCCAGCCGCGGAAAGGCACGGCGGCAUCGGCGCCGCUACUCCCGUCGGACUUGCAAGCAGCGAUGGUGCGUCAUCAAGCGGCGCCGCUGGAGUUGCCGGUUUCGUGGCCUCUGCGUCGGCACCGUACAACACCGUCGCCACGCCGGCCGUGUCUGCCGCCGUUGGCAGCUACGGCACUGCCUUUCCCACGUCCGCCACCACCGCCGCCACCAGCACCCCCGCCCAUUCGCCCACACUCCCUCCUGCCCGCUACCAGCCAGCCUGGGCCCCGGCCGCUGCAGGCGCGGAAACACCGUGGGCCUCUCACACGCGUGCCGGCGGUGCCGCCGGGUUUGCUCCGGUGGUGGCGCCAGCGGAGGCAGAAGCCGCAGGGUGGUUUGACGCCGCGGGCGGAGGUGAAUGGGGCGCCAGCGGCAGCGGCGGGGCUGGGGCUGGCGCUGUUGCUGUACCCGCUCUGACGCCGUUUGCAACUGUGGUGCGUGGCGCUGGGCCCAGCCUCGAUGCGAUGGCAGCGGGCAGUGCUGGUGCUGGUGCGCUAGGAGGAGGAGGCGGUGGCAGGGACCCGGCGGCUACCAUGGCGAUUCAGGAUAGCGGCUGGGUAGCGCUGCCGGCGCCGCAGCAGCAGCCAACGAUGACGACAACAAGCCUGGACGCCUCAACCUGCCCGUCUGACAUGUAUGCGGAGUUACUUCGCAGCAGCAAUGUGGGCGGCUAUCCGGCAGGCGCCAUUGCUGCAGCGGCAGGAGGCGGAGGAGGGCGGGCAGCUGGUGGUGGUGGUGGUGGUGGCGUCGUGGCUGGGGCUGGAGCGGGCGGCAGUGUUGGUGGCGCCUCAACAUUGGCCCAGCUACCUUCGUUUGUUCAGCCGCCGCGGUCCGGGGGCGCUGCGGGCUUACGUCCUGCCGGGCCCGGUGCCUAGCCGCUGUGGUUCAACAAAGCAGCAUGGGCAGACGCGCGAGUAUGGCAGCUAUCCAAGCGGGGUAUCCUUACUUUUACCUUCUCUCUUCUACGUUUCUCUGUUGAAGCAAGCGCAUAUGCCGGUGCUCACAGCGGGAUAUCUAGUAUGUGUUUGUGCCUGGUCAUGUGCGGUCGUACACGGUAUGCAGAGGCAAGGCAACUACCGGCCCGGCCCCGGAAAACGUGUCGCAUGCAUUGGUUGCCGCUGGGACCAUGAAGAUUGAAGACGGCAUGUGGCUAAUCGCCCACGAGACCUGCAGGCGUUGACAUGCCGCAAGCCCGCAACAAAUUAAUCCAACGCAAUGGCCUUCUUUAGUUACGCCAUGUGCACCAUACUUCAUGCAUAUGCGUCAGUCGUAACAAUGCAUAUACCGUAUCACGCUUUGUGUGCAUUCUUUUUUGAACUCAGUCACGAGGGUGAGAGCGGAAAAGCGGUGGUCUGAUACCGUGUGCAUCCUGGUGCGUCGCCUCCACGUGCACGCACCUCACCUCCUACCUAUGUGGCCGAUCCUAUCCAAUGGGGGCCUGAGCGGACAAUAAAUGUUGCUUAUCAGCAAACGGAUGCCUUCUUAAGCCUGUCUUCCUAGUUCUACGGGGGAGCUCAUGUUUGUUAGAGCUCUUAGGGUGUCGUACCAUGCACCGCACAGCAGUCAGCGGUGAAGCCGCGCCUCGGGAGCGGUUUGGUGGUGCAACAGCAGCAUGGUCAGAUACGGCGCGCAACACGGUCUAGCUGUACGUCUGAGGUUUCGGAUAGGAAAGGAAAGGAGGGCAAGAUCCCCACGUCGCGAGGUCGUGAGCUUUGGGGGCUGGACCACUGUCGCAUCACACAAGACCGCAUUUACGAGGCGAUCGUGGACAGCAGGGCAUUUGGCGUUGGGCGGGUGGUGGUGGAUUUGAUCAGCACGUGCGCGCACCAAACUGACCAAUUUAAGACGCUGGAAGGUCAAUGACAGAACUUGCUUUCCUUGAGUUUGGUGAUGAGCCGAUGUGAGUGUGGCCGCAGGGCGGCGGUGCGGGGCGGCCGAAUUAGUACCUAUUUGGUGUGGUGUUUGUCAUGUUCUACAUGGGCGCACAAGGGCGCUUAGGGCUUCGUAGGCUGCGGGGCCACAUCCGUGUACUUCGGCAACAAAACUUCACGCAGCGCUCCGCUGCGAAGAAUAAUGAUUUCAGGAACUAACUCGGGAAGCCCCGUGAAGGUACCCAUACAUGGUAGUUUGAUGAGCUGCGUCUCCAGAUCAGUUGGCACUUGGCAGGUGUGCCUAAUCCUUGGCGUGUGGUCACUCGCACAUUGCCGAGAGAAUAAACGUGUGGCGAAGGACGAACCGGGAGUACGGUAGGUUGGCUGCGAGUGACGGUGCUCCUUGUACCACUGCUCAUUUUGUAAGGUCAUCCAUCC